UCGGACUAAACCAACACGCUGGGACGGGCGGGGGAAACAGUAGGAAAUCUUGGCUAUAAUGUAGUAGGACGGACCGCUGGAAGCUCAGGCGAAGGGGGCGACACAUUGCUCUUUAAUAUCGUUGGACGAAUAAUGUUGCUAUUUGAUUACUACAAUCAGGCUAUAGAACGUAGCCUAUUACACGAAGCAGGCCCGAGGAAUCAUUCCAGGUGUGUGUUUGGCUGCGGUGACCUGUGUCUGUGAGGGUGUUACUCGUGACUGAGCAAGGAUCAGCUCCUGUGUUCAGGUGGCUUUGUCUGAGUGGGAGGAGUCAGGGUUCAAAGGUUGUGGCUCUGGGGACCCAAGGGAUGGAUCUCCAUAUGAGGCCCUACUGAGAGGGCUGGGGACCUACUAAGGUUUUGGGGUCACACACGCUUCUCUUCCUGGUGCAGUGAUGGCCACAUCAUGACCCUGAUGGACAUGAGUGCCCAAGGGCUGUGAGAGCCCCUUGGGGAAACUUCAGGCACAAACACACUCUCUUCCUCAUACAGAAGCACUCUCUCACUCACACACACACACUUAUUAAAACAAACACACACACAGAGCAUGUUGGAGGUCCAGGAGGAGAGGCCUGCCGCGGCAGGAGGGACAGCAGCGACACAUUUCAGCAAGAAAGAGCGAGGAAAGAAAGAACGAGAGGAGGCCAAGGACGGCCGGGGGAAUCUUGGGAAUAUCGGGAACAGUGCUCUGGGUUCGGGUGGCCGAGGGAACGGCAGAGGGAAAGCCCCUCACACACACACAGGCAGCCCCCACCAGCUCAUCACCCCACCCUGCUCUGUGGUGCUGGGAGCCCCCUCCAUUCAUCACAACAGACUGAAGAACUCCCCAUCCAACACACAGAGUCCUAAACCCAAGCCAGAGGGAAUGGUGCGCUCCCCUCCAGUCAUGUCCCCCUCCGGUGGCGCCACCCAGAUGGACUCCAAACUUCCCAAUCAGAGCAAACCAGGAAGCGCCGGCAGCCAAUCGCAGGCCUCGCCAUGCGACCCCAAGACAGUGGGUGGUAAGGGCUCCCAGCAGGGCGGCAUGUCAGGGGUGGGCCCAGGAGGUAUGGGGGGUCUGAAGAAUGGCCAGGGCCUGAACUCUGGGGGACAGGGGACAAAGGUCAAGGUGAAGAGGGAGAGGAGCACCUCAGUGGAGUCCUACAACGAGCAGCAGCCAGGCAUAGCCACGCCCACCAGCGACGACAAGGACAGUAACAAGGUGAAGAGGAUGUGUGUGGCUGAGAGGAGGCAGCCCUACAGUGGAGCUGACUGGUGCUCUGGAGGAGAGAGUGAUGAGGACGACAAAGGAUUCUUCAACUGUAACUCCAGUGACGUGAAGCCCCAGGACUCCAACUCCCAUCCUCCCCCCAACGCUGGACUCAGCCGCUCCUCCACACCCUCCCACAAUGCACUAGGAGGCCAGGGCGCAGCGUCGGAGGCGGGUGGUCAGAAGGCUGGGUCUAAAGUGGUUUACGUCUUCACUACAGAGAUGGCCAACAAGGCUGCUGAUGCUGUUCUAACAGGCCACUCAGAAAACAUCAUCAACUUCCACAUGAGAAACAUCUCCAACAGCAAGGACAAGAUCCCCCUCCCACCCCUGAACGAUCAGGCAAGACCCCUCCGAGGAGACUCCAAGCCCUCCCAGCAGUCCUCAUCUCAUUCCUCAGACAAGAACCACCAGACAGGGUCUAAACCUGGCCCGACUGAUCAAGCGCCACCACAGCCCCCUCCCCAGGGGGUAAAGCCUGGUUCACUCACCCAGGAUGGGGCCUCCUCAGCAGACAUGGACCCCAAGAACCUCCAUGGCAGCAGCCCUGGUAAUACCAUGGGUCCAGGUGACCAGACCCCUGGGUGCCAGCCCCAGUCUGAGCAGGGCAUGCCUCCUCUGAACCCCCCUCAGCCUGGUGAAGGAGGAGGGCUGGGGCCCAUAGGGAUGGGUCAGCCUGGUCUGACCCCCCAGCAGCAACAGCAGCAACUGGCCCAGGAACUUCUCAACAUGGAGGCCAACACAGAGGGCCUGUCCCAGGAACAGCUAGAGCACCGCCAGCGCUCCCUCCAGACCCUGCGAGACAUCCAGCGCAUGCUCUUCCCAGAUGACCGCGAUGCCCCACCGCCACCCGGUCCUAUUGGGGGACUCCCCCAGUCCCACGACGGCAUGCCCGAUGGGGGGCCCAGGAGGCCGGAGCAGGGCCCUCUCCAGGCCAUGAUGGCCCAAUCCCAGAGCCUAGGUCCACCAGGGGGUUCGGGAGGGUCCCGAUCCCAGGGAACCCCAUUUGGCCCCCCACAUGGUCACCCCAGAGACAUGCCCCCUUUCCCAGAUGAGCUGGGCCACAUGAUGGGUCCUGGAGGGUGUGGGGAUGGAGAUCACAUGACCCCGGAGCAGGUGGCCUGGCUGAAGCUGCAGCAGGAGUUCUACGAGGAGAAGAAGAGGAAACAGGAAAUGCAUCAUCGCCCACUUCCUCCCGACAUGAUGAUGCACCCCCACGGGUCGCGCGGCAUGAUGCGAGGGCCCCCACCACCCUACCAGAUGGGCCCUGGAGAGGUGUGGGUUCCAGGGGGGCCAGGAGGGCCACCAGAGCACUAUCACGAUCGCAUGGCAAUGGGCCCCAGAGGGAUGCCUCCUCACAUGCAGAGGAUGCCUGGGUUCCCCCAGGGUAUGAUGAACCCUGACAUGGAGGGACCCCCCAGGCCCGGGAUGGGCUGGCCUGAAGACAUGCCCCCGAGGAUGGGGGACGGCCGGGGGUUCCCAGGAGGGCCAGGGGGUAUGUUCGGAGGUCCAGGGGUGCGGGGAGAGCGCUUCCCCAACCCCCAGUCAGUCCAGGAGGCUAUGUUUCACCAGGGGAUGGGAGGCGACAAGGGACCGGGCCUUCCUCCACAGAUGAUGAUGGAGAUGCAAAGGAUGAUGGGACACCAAAGAGGUGGCAUGGAGCCGGGUAACGGGGGCGGGAUGAUGUUUCCCAGGAUGCCCGGCGAGGGCUCCAUGAGCCCCUCUUCCAGACUGGUUGUGAUGGGGAGCCGGGACAUGGGCCCUGAGUUUGGCAUGGGCCCCCAUGGGAACCCCCAGCUACGAGAGGGGCCUAUGAACAUGAGCCCAGACGAGAUGAUGAGAAUGAGAGGGCAUCCAAUGGACAACAUGGGGCCCCAGGGAAGGCAGAUGCACUUCACAGACCAGCCCCAGCCAGGGGACUUCCCCAUGGGACCCGCACGGCCCUUCCCUGGUGGUCCUGGCGGUAUGAGGGGCCCUCAUGGAGAGCAGGUCUAUGCUGGCCCGGAGCACAGGACCACCCCUACGGGGGGCAAUGGCCGCCUCAACCACCACCCGCCCUCCGCCGGACCCCCCCAGGGCCAGAGGGGACGUAAGCCUGCAGAGCUGAUCAUCCAGCCAGGAGGGGGCAGCUCACCCAGUAUUAACCCCCUCAAGUCCCCUCCUUUGAGGCAGGUGCAGUCCCCCAUGAUGGGCUCUCCCUCUGGGAACCUCAAGUCCCCCCAGACCCCCUCCCAGCUGGCUGGUAUGCUCUCCGGCACUCCGGGACCCAAUGGCCCCCCUAACACUGCCAACUCGGCUCCCAUGAAGUCUCCUCACUCUAUGAUGGGGUCUGCUGGUGCCUCCCCUGUAAAUAUGAGGUCCCCGUCCCUCCCCAACCCUUCUCCAGGGUGGGCCUCUUCCCCAAAACCCCCCAUGCCCAGCCCAGGUAUCCCUCAGCAGCAAGGGGGUAAAACCCCCCUCAGUAUGACCUCACCUAACAUGAUGGGAAAUAUGGAGCAAGGUGGUAAUGGCCCCCUCUCGGCCCCCCCCUCGUCAGGAGCCCAGUCUGGCUCCAUGCCCCUCCAGGGGGGUCCAGGCAGCGCCCCGACCGGCAGCCCUUACUCCCUACCCCCCGAACCUACGCUAUCCCAGAACCCCCUCUCCAUCAUGAUGUCACGCAUGUCCAAGUUCGCCAUGCCCAGCUCCACCCCCCUCUAUCAUGACGCCAUCAAGACCGUGGCGAGCUCAGAUGACGACUCUCCCCCUGCACGCUCCCCGAACCUGCCCUCCAUGAACAACAACGGUAUGGGAAUGAACCACCACCAAGGUCCUCCUCGCAUGAUGGGCCCCAGCUCCUCUGGCCCCAUGCCUGUUCUCAGUCCCCUGGGUAUGACCCCCGUGGGCUCACAGCCUCUCUCCCACGGUAUGCCCCAGCAGAUGCCCUCCCCAAACCCCCCCAACAUGGGCCCUGGCAUGAUGCCUCAUGGCAUGAUGAUGCAUCCCAACCCCCAGGACCAAGGCAUGGGUAACCCCCAGAUGAUGCCCCAGGGGCGCAUGGGCUACCCCCACAGAGGGCAGGGCUACCCCCUCCCCCAGUCCCCCUCCCAGCAGGGUGCCUACUCCCCCCACAAUGGCCCUGUUCCCCAGGGCUUCCCAGGACACCCCAUGGGCUUCCAGGGAGAAGGGGGUCCUAUGGGGGGUCGGAUGGGGAACAUGCCUCCUGGAGCUGGAGGCGAUGGAGGUAGGCCCAACAACCCUGGAGGACCACAGUUCAACAUGCACGGAGAGUUCAGUGAUGUAGACCUGCAUGAGGUGAUGCGAACCGGAGCGUCCGGUAUGCCAGAGUUUGACCUGUCCAGGAUCAUCCCAUCAGAAAAGCCCAGCCAGACGCUGUCCUACUUUCCUAGGGGAGGAGGAGAUGGCCCCGGCCCAGGGGGGAAACCUCCACACAUGCAGGGAAUGAUGCAGGGGAUGAUGGGGGAGGGCCCCCCAAGGAUGGGCAUGCCCAUGCAGGGGCUGGGGGGGAUGCCAGGUGGGCCGGGAGGCACUAUGGGCCCCCAGGAUAUGCCCAUGGGAAACCCUUCCCAUAAUCCUAUGAGGGCACAUGGGCCCCCAGGGUUCAUGGGUCAGGGCAUGAUGGGACCUCAGCACCGGAUGAUGUCACAGGGGGGUCCAGCGGGCAUGAUGCAGGGAAAGGAGAGGGGGGUACUCUACAACCACCCUGGGCCUGGGGGGUCGCCCAACAUGAUGAUGUCUCUGCAAGGCAUGGGCGUCCCCCCCCAGCAGACGACGAUGAUGAUGAUGGGGGGGCAGAUGAGGCAACGUGGCAUGGACAUGGACAUGGGGUUCAGCCCAGGGCCUGGAAUGUUCUAACACACAACUAAUAGAACCAUGGACCUCGAAUGUUGUGAGCUCAUAUACAGAAUGGGAUGGAAUGUGUCACGGCAGAAGAGAGAGAUGGAUUAAAACAUAGAAAGUAAGGAAUGACAGACAGAGAUUGGUACUCUGGCAUGAAACAUGUAUUGGAGAGGAGUGAUGGCGUUCAUGGCUUGUGGGGUCUACAUAGCCCAGUACUUGUCUUUUGCCACAAGCAUUUAAUUUGGUCUCUUCAGAAAUGUCUGAAUGUAUGGGAUUGUUGUGCUUCAAUGUCACAAUUAAACUGUUCCUCAAGUGUUUGUGUUAAAUCUCUGACUACAAGGUUUGAGUGUCGAAGAGGAAUGAGAUAAACCACCUUGGAGGACUGUACCGCUAGCUAGCUGUAAAUCAACUUUUUCAAAUCAGUAAACAAAAUCAACAACGGAUUUUCCCAGCAAAGGAUAAGGAACUUAAAAAUGGAAUAAAAAGACUUUGUGAAAUAAAAUCGUAUUUUGUGAAGAUUAAUGGAAUUAUAUCUUCUCUAGCUCCAUCGUUUUGACUAUUUCUGUCCUGUGUGUGUGUGUGUGUGUGUGUGUGUGUGUGUGUGUAGGGGGGGGGUACGAGCCUGCGACGGUGUGUGUUUUGUGUUGUAAGUAUGUAUAGGAAUUCUAUCAGUGACCUCUAAGCUCUCUUACCCACCUUUUCAUUGGGGGAGGGAUGCCACUCUAAAGAACAGUACUGUUUACCAUUGGUGGGAUAUUUUCAUUUUUGUCUUUUAAUUUCCUUUAAAUUCAUUGUAUAACAAACCAAACUUUGACCUCAUAGAGAUAAUGGUAUUAUUAAAAAAGCACAAACAUUGAUAAA